AUGCCCGCCCUCCCAAAGACCCUCAACAGACUACCCCUGAAGCAAGCUGCUUCUUCCCUCAGAGAGAACUCGGCCAACGUCACCUUGUCGCCCAGUGUGAGCGCUCUGAGCAUGCGCUUCGUUGCGAAGAACUCGGAAGCUGGACCUCGACAAUUUCUGAGACAAUAUGCCCCCUCUUUGGCCUACGCCAACCCCUCCCUCCCCAUCCUCGUCCACCGCAUACCCGACCCCCGCUCAAAGCACAAGAACCCCGAGAACCCGGACAAGGAGGCUAUCGAGACUGGGCUGUUUGGAGGAAAGGGUGGGGUUAAGGAGAUGCCCAAGCCGGAGAUGAUCUUAGAGUUUCACGAUGGACCGAAACAGGUUCUGCCAUUAUCGCAUUUGGACGGGGAGAAGAUCUUGGGACAAUUGUUGUCGGUUGCUGGGGAAGCGAGACAUGCCGGUCUGCUGAAUGAGCCCACGCAGACGGUCGAGGAGAUCAAGGCUUGA